UGAGGACCAAAUAAUACCAUUAACAGCGAUGGAAUUGUCCUGUUUUCUCUGGAAGACGUCGUUUUAUGUUUCCAUUUUAAAACAUCCCCGCAAGUCGCAGUAACGUGAGAAGUGAAGCUUGGAGCCGAAGUCAGUGGUGCUUGCGACAUGUUGUGAGAAGCACAGGAAUUGUAUCCGCCAGAACUAUCACAUCGAAGGUGACAUCAACGAGAAGCAAGCCCAGCACGAAACCCACGUGUAUUGGAGUUCACACGCCAUCAUGUGCUCUCUGCAUCUAAUGUAAACAAUGUACCCACGGACAAAAGAGUGAUUCGAAAUCUGGCGGGUUGAGUUUGCAGUCGCGACAAAAUUGGAUUACUAACUGUACCCCGAGGAUUUAAAGGGACCGUUUGCACAGGACAAUGUUCGGGUUGGUCAGUGGCUUGGCCUCGUGGUCAAAGUUGCGUGGGCACAACGACGACGACUGGAUCGACCGCAUCAACCACCUAUGGACGGUGGUGUUGUUGACGAUGUUCACUGUGGUGGUCAGCAGUGCCCAGUACGUGGGCGAGCCCAUACACUGCUGGUGUCCAGCCACCUUCACUUCCGCCUACAUCUCCUACACCAAACACAUCUGCUGGGUGUCCAACACCUACUACCUACCCAUGAACGACGUCAUCCCCGUCGACAUCCGGGAACGACAAGAACGAGAGAUCACCUACUACCAAUGGGUGCCGAUCAUAUUCCUGUUCAUGGCUCUCAUGUUCAAGAUACCAAAUUUCGUAUGGAGAGUGUUCAAUAGCGGUGCGGGGUUAAACAUGGAGAAAAUUGCCACCUUGGCAGAGAGCACCCAAAUGGGGUCCCCGGAUGAGAGGGAAGUCACUAUAAAACAUAUAGCUUCGUAUUUGGACAAGUGGCUGCGGGCGCAUAGGCAGUACCACUACAACAUCAUCGUACGUGUUCGUCAACGACUGUCUGGCGUGUGCUGUUGGUGGUUCGGGAAAAGAGAUGGUACUUACCUAACAGGCUUCUAUCUGUUCGUGAAACUCCUCUACUGCAUCAACAUCAUUGGCCAGUUCUUCCUCCUCAACGCCUUCCUCUCCAUCGACUACAACCUGUACGGCUUUAACGUCAUCGAACGCCUGAUGACGGAGGGGUCUUGGAAGGAGUCUCCACGCUUCCCACGAGUUACGUUGUGCGACUUCGAGAUACGGCAGCUACAGAACCUGCAGAGGUGGACAGUCCAAUGCGUCCUCCCCAUCAACCUCUUCAACGAGAAGAUCUUCAUCUUCAUCUGGUUCUGGCUCUUCCUCAUCGGGCUCAUGACCUGUUGCAACUACGUGUCUUGGCUGUACCACAUCAUCUUCAGGCAGAACAGAGUCAAGUACAUCAAGAAGUACCUGCGCAUGAACGACGACCUGCGGACAGGGGCCGACCUGAAAUUAUGCAAGAAGUUUGCAAAUGAGUACCUGAGGGACGAUGGCGUGUUUGUGUUACGGGUCAUCCAGAAGAACUCGACAGACCUGGCUCUCAAGGAUCUGUUGUUCCACUUGUGGAGGUUGUUCAAGGACACGCCCUACACCACGUAAACCCUCUGCUCACGCAGUGGAGAUGAACCAUAAGGAGAAGGGGAGGAGGAUGAAUCUUUUGCAUAGAAAAACAGCUUCCAUUGGCAGCUUUGCGGUGCUUAUCUGAACAUUAACGUGAUACAUACCCUGGCCAUUAUUGUUCAAUACUGCUCAGAGUAUCAAUACUGUGAGAGUGCUCAAGUGACGUUAAGAGAUUUAAAAGCAGACACAGUUAGUGAUGAUUGCGCACGGUUUUGCUCAAACGUGAACGUUAUUAAUAUACAGUGUCUUCCAGUGAUGUCGUGGAAGGAUAUUCAACCACUUCAACAUUAAGAUGAGGUCCAAGUGUUGUGUGCUGUGGGCGACUUUCGUUGCCUUAUUCUGACUGGUGCUAUACAGUUACCACAUCCCCACCGUAUAUGGGUUUAUUGACCUAUGUCCCGUACUAUGCACACUUCAAUGGCAUUAUACAACACUGCUCAGACGGUGCCUUCCACGAAGGGCCACAACUUUGGCCUUUGUUACUGUCGGUGCUCAUUGUUAGAUCUGUAGAACUCGCCAGUACAACAAAUCGCCCACAAAUCCACGUGGAUGCAUUUUGUACGUCAUAUCCCAGUUUGUUAAUAAUGAUGUUUUGAUGAUGCCAAAUUAAGAAUUUCUAGAUUUGUAUGUGAUAUGCCCCGAGUAUUACAGUAGAUCGUUAUGGAUAUGUGAUAGACUGGUGUUAUACAAGACAAUGAUCUCGGUCUACACAAGUCGCUCACGAACUUUAGGCCACAUUAAAAAAUACUUUUGUUUCUCAUCACGUUUUAAAAUAAAUAUGGGUAGGGCGGGCGGAUUUUCUUUUUACAUUGUAUUAUAUUUUAUGUCCAAAACCCCUUGAUUUUCUGUGGAAAUUUACACCUUUUCUCCCAUAGGGAAUCAAAACUUAGAAGCGUGAAAAAUUCAUGCAAAUGUUGAGAGUCAAAUUUGCAUUUUCUCAAGUGUGAAACAUGUAAGAAAUCUCUUAGUCGGGCGGUCAUGAGAAACAGGAAUAUUUUUAUAUAUGGCCUUUGUUGUUCUCGUUAACUCGUGUAUGCUGAUAUAUCAGUGCGUUCUAAGGUUUCAAUAUUUACAUCGAAAGUUAAAUAUUAUCGUAGAUCUAUUACAGAUUGAGUAUGGGGAUAGAGGUGUUCAAUGGUUUCUGUCACCCAUCUUUAUUAUGAAGGGUAUUCCCCUUCAACAUAGUCUGAUAUGAUAACUAGCAUGGUCCCAUUCCCCACCGUUGCUCCAAGCUUUGCUAAAUUUAGCUGCCAAAUCAAAUUAUUCUCAUGAGACAAGACAUCAUUUCAAGAUGAUGUACUGACGAAUCGGACCAGGAUGUAAGUGAUUAUAGAACGUUGAUACAAUAUACUGAUGAUUGAGGAUGACAGUCACUACCAAAUCGACAUAAGGAAAAUUGACUGCUUCUUCGAGGUGUGACCCUCUACUCUGCAUGUAUUUUUCAUAUGACCUUAAUAUACUGAGAGAAACAAAUAAAGGAACACAUGAAAAUUCAAGUGUUCCUUUAAUAUUUUCCAGUUUUCAUCACCAGCUUUGAAUAGCGCUGUGGGAGGAAAUCUGAGAAUAAAUAAAGGAACACUGCCAUAAAGUGGUGUUCCCAUAAUUGUUUCCUUCAGUAUAUUUGUUAUUUUCACUAUGUAAUAUUUACCGGUUAGCAACUGUACGCACUCAAAUAAUUGUCAAAUACGCGUUGUGAAACCUUUCCCAUCGCACUGAUGUAAACUAAUUUGAUUGGCAAAACAGAAUAUAUUUUCUUUCCGCGGUGAUGCAAAGUAAUUCACAAGCUGUGGAAAUAGCUUGUGUGUAUUUAAAUCCCACAUAAUUACGAAUAAUUGUUCUCACCACCAUACCGAAUAAGCCUAUUAAACACACACAGUAGACCACACUGUGCCAAUGGGACGUGGUACGUUUCUAAUAGUUUAUACAACUGAUGCUAUUGUGAAUGUUUAUGCCGGAAAAUGCCAAUAUUACUUAAGCGUCGGUAUGGUAAUAGGCCAUUUUCAUCGCCAGGUUAUUCAGUAGACCUAGUUAUAGCUGGAAUAUUGCUGAGUGCGGCGUAAAACUAAACUCACUCACUCAGUAGACCAAGUUGAUUGACAGAAGUAUGGUUUCCACAAAGACGUUUUCCCUAAUUCGGGGCCGUGGGGUAGCCUAGUGGUUAAAGCGUUCGCUUGUCACGCCAAAGACCCGGGUUCAAUUCCACACAUGGGUACAAUGUGUGAAGAGCAUUUCUGGUGUCCUCCGCCGUAAUAUUGCUGAAAUAUUGCUAAAAGCGGCGUAAAACCAUACUCACUCACUCACUCCCUUUGUGAAACACCGCAUGGACGUUUCUCACUAAUUCAUCCAAACAUGGUGCCUUCCUUGAAUAUUCAAGCGGCUUGUAUGCAAACAAAUGUUUAAUGGUAUAUUUACCAUUUGUGCUUUAAAAUGGCUACAGUUUACAUUGUUAUUCGUCAUAUAACCGAAUGAUAUAUUUAAACAAGAUUUAUUUUAAAUGCAUCUGUAUGGAUGCAGAGACCAUAUAAUAUGGUCUCUGAUGAAGCUAUGCAAGCCAAGUGAGUGUAAUUAAUUUCAACUACAUGUAUGUGCAUACUAUUUUUCUCUCUAUUAUAUAAAUUGAUCAUUCCUGUACAAUGCAUUUCCAUGUUCAACUGCCAAACCUGUAAACAUUCACACCAAGUUUGUACUGCAUAUAGAGUACGUUUACUGUUUCAUACUUGAGAGAUCUAUCAUUCCUUUCUAAGUGCAUUGCCACAUACUGGAGCGAUAUUUUCCUGUUUAUUUGUAAAAUACUACAUUCCCAUGCUUUGGAAACUUGAUGUUGUGUGCAUGGUAGAUAGUACCUUUCUGCAAAGCCCACCGAUGGAACAUUCACUGCUUGGGAAUAAGGAACGUGGGAUCGAGGAAUUGGUUGAGAAGGACGUUCCUUCACCGGAACUUGAAUAACACUUGGUUUCCCGGAUUGACAAAUCUCGUCAAUGGUCAUGAACACUCGUGUCAUUCGGAGACCAAUCGGAAUGUCUUCUUCCAUUUUUAGGAUAAACGUUAUCUAGCGGUGACAAGAGGAACUGUCAUGUUUGUGAUCCUGCUCCUUUUAUAAAUCCAAUGUCCUGCGCUUCAAAAGCUAGUUUUACUUUGUAACCAGUCAAAAUCACGAUUUAUGUUUUGCAGUUGUAAUAUGAAACCAGCUUACUUUUGGUUAAGGUAAUUUUCACUUCUUUUCGAUUUUAUUGAUAAAUGAUUUGUUCUGAUUAACGUAGAUUUGGUUUACUGAGAGGUUGAUCGAUAUAGAACGAUGCAGUUUUCAGUGCUUAGACCAAACUGAUCAUUAUUGUCGGACAGGUAGCUCGUCGGAGGUUCACUGUUCCUGGAAAUAGGUAUCGUGUCUUUAGUAUCGAUACAAAACAGAGGUAAAUGGCGUGGGUGAAUAUAUUUGUGUAAAAGUUUCUGGUACAUACACACUUUUGGAAUAUAUCUGAACUGAAUGGGUGUCUUUUUUAUUUCCCUAAGUAGUAACGUUUAUGGCGAAAGUCGACCCGUGCUUGACAGUGCCUAGCUGACAUAGCGGGGAUUCUCGUUACAGCUCCUCUUAUUCAAAUAUUUGGGUUUUUUAGUUAAUUCUUUGUUGCCAACUUGCCAUGUUUAUUAUUAGUUUCAAUAUUAUGUACCCUGUUUACAAGAGUAUACUGAGUGUGCGGUCAUUGACCAGAUUGUUGUUUCCGUUGUCCGAAGCGAUUACCAACUGGUUGACCUUUCUAGUCGUGUCGUGCCUGUGUAGUUGAUGAGUAUAUAUAUGACAGCUAUGUAAAACGGCCAUCAUUACGUAUCAUGGGGUAUAUCAUCUCUCGUUUAUGGCAUGUGGAAAUAGGGUUUUGAGCUAUUUGAUAUUUCCGUUGCCAACUAACUACGUCAUGAAUCGGUAUAGCCACUUUGUCAACUUCAAUUCAUCAAAUGUUCAUUCACGAUCGUCUCAGUAUAAUAUUUGUGCAACAAAAACACAAAUGUUACAAGAAAUUGAUCGUUGAUUCUUUUAUGCAGGUUGUACAAGUAACGACUGUGCGUAUUUAGGUCAUCUUUUUACUGCAGGUAUUCCAAAUGGUCGAGACUCAUAACGCUCCGAAAAUGAAAUCCUUUUAUCUGUUAUGAUAGUUGCUUGAUAUCCAUGGCCAGUAAGAGUAGGGUUUCAGGAACCACAAUGGCCACCGAGCGUUGACCGAGCGCGACCGAUACCCAGCUCUAGACUCUAGUUUCGGCGGUCGAUCAACUUUGUAUAUUGUAUGAAAAGCCUUUAUGGUACAGCAAUACAAGUGCCUAGCGCCAAAUACCAACCGAGCCAUAGAAUAGUGUAUAUCUAACUAGGUCAGACAACGGUGCUACCAUUUCAGCGUUUCUCAUUUUAUCCAGCUGAACAUUAUUCAUUAAAGGGGUGCAUUACUUUUACAGUCGAUAUAAGUAGACAUUAUAAUUACUUCACUUAUAACUGGGCGUAAGUAACAGUAAUGACAUGAAUAAUCAAGUACAUGAACAUUCAUUGUACAAGACAACGUUUAAGGAAGUGUGGCGUGCUACACACGACUGAUUUUACGACGCUUCAUGUAAUGUCUAGUCAUUUCGCCUUUGUCCAUUACAGUCGGUUGUCAGUAGUUAGACUUCUUUGCAUUUGUUACUUGCACCAGUUUUGUGUUUUUGUACAUAUUAAGUUUGUUUCGUUUUUAUAUUUCUCUCAAUAUGUAAAUAUUUUGCCGAUUAGAAUUGUUGAACUAUUGUACUACACCUUGUUGCGUCGCACGUGGAGAUUAAGAAGGUGGGGCUCAUGCUUGAGAACAUGAUAUCAUACCCUUGGGUGCCGAAGAUGACGAGGCUUUUAUGCUGUAGUAUGUUGCAUGGUUGUUGUUACCUUAGUUUAUAGACUGUCAGGAAAUACCGCCUACAGCAUAAAGUAUUAACAUUUACAUAAGCGUUCGUUUGUGAAUUACUCGUUAGUUUCACAUGGACCAAAUCUUAAUGCAUAUACAAUACAAUACUUUCGAAUCAGUGUAUAAUUAACAUGACAAAAUAAAGUCAUGUUCCUUUUUGAACAUUUUUCUUUAAUCACUUGCAGUUUAGAUACUGGUUCUGUUAAGAUAAAUACAAGUCCUCGUCUAUAUGUAUACGGCUGUAUGCAAUUGCAUGUCCAGUAUUCUCAAUGGCCAAACUGUCUCAAUUUUGACAUUAUAUUAUUAAACUUAUUUUUUGUAUCAAA